AUGGUUCUUUUUAUUUUUCCUCAUAGCGCUUCUGUCACAACAGAUAUGGAAGUGAAGCUGAAAGCACUUGAGUGUCACUUUACAUGGGGAAUAGAAAAGGCUGACAUCAAGGACCGGGACAGCCUCCCUGAAAAACUUCUGGAUCGCAUCAUGAAGUUCAGCACUUCGAACCAUGCCACAUAUUUCAACUUACUAGCCUUUCUGAGCCACCUGGAGGAAAACAAUGUUAGUGCUCUUGAGUAUCUCCACAAGGCUGAGAGUGCAUUGAAGAAUAGACAGGAUGAUACAGAGUUACUGGUAACCUAUGCUAACUUUGCAUGGGUUCACUAUCACUCAGGGAACAUGAAUGAUGUGGAUGCCUACAUUGGAAAGCUGGAAAACAUCCAUAAGGGUUUUACGACUGCUAUUCAAGGCAGUUUACCUUCAAUACAUGGUGAGAAGGCUUGGAGUUUUCUAAGGCUUGGGGGGCUAUUUUACAAGGGGGCAAAGCAGAGCUUUAAGAAAGCUCUUAAGGGAGAACCAGACAAUGCAUCCUUCAACGUGGGCUAUGCCAUGGUCCUGUACAGGUUGGAGGGGUUAGCCAUUGGUAGAAAAGAGAGGUUGGCGCAUACUGAAGGUGCUACUCAGCUAAGGAAAGCCUUAUCCUUAGAGCCCGAUAACACUGAAGUCAUGGUCCUGCUAGCCCUGCAGCUUCAACACCAAAGUAGACAUGAAUCCAUGAAACUCAUCAAAGAGGCCCUCAGACUGUCUCCUGACGUGCCUCACGUCAUACGUUACGUGGCAGAGUUUUUCAGUCACGAGGGCAUCAAUGAGACCCUGGAGGUUCUGAAGAAAGCUGUGAAACUGUCUCCAAACUCCUCCUUCAUGCAUUACCAAAUCGGCCGGUGUCACAAACACCAGUUCAACCAGAUGUCUAAGCAGAGGAGGAAAGGGAGCUGGGUCAAUGCACGCCAGAUAAAAGAGAAGACAGAGCUCUGCAUCCAUUACUUCUCCAGAGCUGUGGAACUGAAGCCAUCCAACGUCCAAUUCAGGUUUAACCUAGCUGAGGCUUACGGAGAAAACUACCAGCUGGAGGAGGCGAUGAAGAUCUUCACCAACCUGCUGAAAGAUGAGUCCCUUAGUGACUCAGACAAGCAGCAAUGCUACACCGGUUUCGGCCUGUUUCUGUUCUACAGGAAGAAAGACGUGGAUGGUGCUGUGACCCAGUUCAAAAAGGCCUACCAGAUUCCGAUUAAGAGUUGGAACAGGAAUAAGGCUAGGAUGAGGCUGAAGCAGAUCGCUUACCAGAAGAGAGUUGGCGAGACCUCUGAGAUUUUCGCCACUGAAGAUAAAAAAGGCAGGAAUGCUGAAGAGCCAAGGAGAGUCGAGGUGCACUCUUCAGACACAGAUGACCUUACAGAUGCCCUAGGCAAAGGAAUGAAACUGAAAUGAUAUAAGGGAGACCGGUGAUGGUUGUCACAGUGCUAAUUACUCCCAAUUGAAAUGGAGCUGUGUAAUAAUUUUAAGGUAAAAAUUUGUGAAUUAUUUGAAAUAACAAUCCAUUUCAGAAUGACAAAACAUUGGGCUGAGCGGAAUUUAGGUUUUCGUAGUUAAAAGUAAAACAAUAAAAAUAAAAAAAAUCUUAUCGGACUAUGCAUGAACAAUGUUUGUUGAAAAGAGGAAAGAGAGAAAUACAUAUUUCAAACCAAUUCCUAGGUCAAGCUAACUAGCAUCUUAAUUAGCAUUGGGAGGAUCGUUGGGGAUGUUUGUCACAUGGAAUACGGGGUUGGUUGUCACUUUUAACAAUGCAACUGCCAGUAUACAAUAAAUCCCAAACUAUUUUGUUCUUGUGAUAUAAAGAGCUCCCUUCUUUGCCUUUCUCCCACAUAUGUUUUCUGUCACACACCA